AUGGAAAUGCAGGAUCUAGCUAGUCCACAUAGUCGACUUAGUGGCAGUAGUGAUUCUCCCAGUGGGACAAGUCUUGAUAACUCACACAUAAACAACAAUUCCAUGACACCAAAUGGCACAGAAGGUAAGAAUUAUGCUUCUGUCAAUGUUAGCAGGUAUCUCAUGCAUUGCUCAUUUCCAAUGUCGGGAUAUGGCACUUGUGUAACUCUUGCUGUGUUUUCAGUUAAAACAGAGCCAAUGAGUGGCAGUGACAUUGCUGCAACAACUGCUGAAGGAUCCUUAGACAACUACUCUGGGUCAGUUAUUGGAAGCAGUGGAUUCAGCCCCAGACAAGCACACCAGUUCUCCCCACAGAUCUACCCAUCCAAAGCUUACCCACAUAUUCUGCCCACCCCAUCCUCACAAACGAUGGCAGCGUAUGGGCAAGCUCCAUUUCCCACAGGAAUGCAACAAGCCACAGCCUAUGCAACGUACCCCCAACCAGGACAGUCCUAUGGAAUUCCUCCUUAUGAUUUAGGUACAUUGUGGGCAGGCAUCAAGACGGAAGGAGGACUGCCGCAGUCACAGUCACCAGGCCAGGUUGGAUUUCAGAGUUAUGGUUCAAGCUUUAGUGCCCCCCAGCCAGGACAGGCCCCAUACAGUUACCAAAUGCAAGGGAGCAGUUUCACCACAGCAUCAGUAAUCUAUGCAGGAAGCAAUUCACUCACAAAUUCAACUGGAUUUAAUAGCUCCCAGCAGGAAUAUCCGUCUUAUCCCAACUUUGGCCAGGGUCAGUAUGCGCAGUAUUAUAACAGCUCCCCGUAUCCAUCACAUUAUAUGUCAAGCAGCAACACAAGCCCUACUAUUCCUUCCACUACGGCCACAUACCAGCUGCAAGAGCCACCAUCUGGUGUCACCAGUCAAGCAGUAACCGAUCCCUCAGAAUACAGCACAAUCCAUAGUCCAUCAACGCCUAUUAAAGAUUCAGAAUCUGAUCGAUUGCGGCGUGGGUCAGAUGGAAAAUCACGGGGAAGAGGAAGAAGAAACAAUAACCCCUCCCCACCUCCAGACUCUGACCUUGAGAGAGUCUUUAUUUGGGACUUGGAUGAAACCAUCAUCGUUUUUCAUUCGUUAUUGACAGGAUCUUAUGCAAACAGAUAUGGAAGGGAUCCACCAACCUCAGUAUCACUUGGACUUCGAAUGGAAGAAAUGAUUUUCAACUUGGCCGAUACACACUUAUUUUUCAAUGAUUUGGAAGAAUGUGACCAGGUUCAUAUUGAUGAUGUAUCAUCAGAUGAUAAUGGACAAGACCUGAGCACGUAUAACUUUGGAACAGAUGGCUUCCCAGCAGCAGCAACCAGUGCAAACCUAUGUCUAGCUACUGGAGUUCGUGGAGGUGUAGACUGGAUGAGAAAAUUGGCUUUUCGUUAUAGAAGAGUAAAAGAAAUCUACAACACCUAUAAAAAUAAUGUUGGAGGUCUGCUUGGCCCAGCAAAGAGGGAAGCUUGGCUACAGCUGAGGGCUGAGAUUGAAGCCUUGACAGAUUCUUGGUUAACACUUGCACUGAAAGCCCUCACAUUAAUUCACUCUAGGACAAACUGUGUAAAUAUACUUGUCACAACUACACAACUUAUACCAGCAUUGGCAAAGGUCCUGUUAUAUGGAUUAGGAGUUGCGUUUCCUAUUGAAAAUAUUUAUAGUGCAACUAAAAUAGGUAAAGAAAGCUGCUUUGAGAGGAUAGUCCAGAGGUUUGGCAGGAAAGUGGUCUAUGUAGUAGUAGGAGAUGGAGUAGAAGAAGAGCAAGGAGCAAAAAAGCAUUCAAUGCCAUUUUGGAGAAUAUCAAGCCACUCAGAUUUAAUGGCACUGCACCAUGCCCUGGAACUUGAGUACUUGUAGCAAGAAAACAGCACUUUGAAUCCACAAGAAAAUACACCUUCGUAAUGGGUUACAGAUGUGUUGGUUUCCCUAUGCAAUAUACAGAUAUGGAAGUCCUACCAGAAGUGCUUAUCUUCUGUCUGCUAUAAUGCUGAAAAAUUAAGCAUCGGGACUUGGAAGACAUGAGCCUAAUCAAUAUCAGAACAUUUGCCUUUCUUAGAGUUCUAGAGACAUGAUACAUUGUUCCAUGGAAUAAAUGGUUCAUACCUGUGAAGGGAAGACAGAGAAAGCUUGAGACUUUGUAGGCUCCACAAUUUCCAUUCUAGGGAGUUGGUCAGUGGAAUGGCAGGUUUUACUGCAAAUCAAACAGCUAUGCUAAAUCAUUUAGUAUAGUGCCCUAAACUCAAAGUUUACUGACUACAACUAAUUUAUAAAUGGACAUUGCAGCUUGAGAUACAGAUAUGAUAACAAGGUACUACAGGCCGGAUACUUGGAAAUGUCUUUGUCUAAAGUAUGUAUACUGUAAUUUUUUUUUUUUAAAUGAUGUACAUCACUGAGACAAUCAUGUACAGAAAGAUUUUUGUGUAAAUUUGUAAUAAUGGUUUCUCUUACAUAUGGUUUAGGUAAUAUUAUUGAGGUAGCAAUGCCUUGUUAGAUCAAGUAUGCAGGGCGGUGUGUGUACAAACGGUUGUGCAGUGCCUUAACAAAGUGUUAGUUAUAAAUAUGUAGAUAUAUAUUUCUUUUGUUACUGUAGGUAAAUUUGUUAAGACCAAACG